GAACUGGGCUGGGCCGAACUGAACUGGGCUGGGCCGGGGCUGGAGGGAGGGGUUUUCGACCGCCCCGGGAAUCGGCGGGGAAGGCGGCUAGUCGGUCCUUGCGGCUUCAUGGUAUCCAAGUGACCGGAGCAUCGACAGUUUCCCGCGGUCGGAGGAGCCGGGAGCCAGGAGCCCGGGAGCCCGGCGGAGAUGGCCCUGUGCGGGCCAGCCAGGGGACUCUUGCUUCUGUCCCUCCUGCUGCUGGGAGGCUGGCGAGAGGCCCGGGCCCAGGACGAAGACGAGGACGACGGAGAGGAGAUCGCCUGCACCCAGGAUGGGCAGCUGUACCUGAACCGUGACAUCUGGAAACCGGCACCCUGCCAGAUCUGUGUCUGUGACAAUGGCGCCAUCCUCUGUGACCAGAUCCAGUGCCAAGAGGUGCUGGACUGCGCCGACCCUGUGACCCCAGCCGGCGAGUGCUGCCCGGUCUGCCCCAGUACCAGUGGCCGCAGAAACUCUGACUUCGGUCGAGGAAGAAAGGGACAAAAAGGAGAACCAGGAUUAGUGCCAGUGGUCACUGGAAUUCGUGGCCGUCCGGGACCUUCGGGACCUCCAGGCUCCCAAGGACCAAGAGGUCAGCGAGGCCCCAAAGGAAGGCCGGGUGCUCGUGGCCCCCAGGGAAUUGAUGGAGAGCCUGGCAUCCCGGGCCAGCCGGGCGAUCCCGGCCCCCCCGGGCACCCUGCCCACACGGGACCAGACGGAGUGAGCCGGCCUUUCUCUGCUCAGAUGGCUGGGGUGGAUGAGAAGUCUGGACUGGGGAGUCAGAUGGGCCUCAUGCCAGGCUCUGUGGGCCCAGUGGGACCACGAGGGCCUCAGGGCUUACAAGGGCAGCAGGGCGGUGCUGGCCCAGCUGGGCCUCCGGGAGAACCAGGAGAACCAGGACCGAUGGGUCCAGUUGGUGCUCGGGGCCCUGAGGGGCCUCCAGGAAAACCUGGAGAAGAUGGUGAGUCGGGAAGAAAUGGAAACUCAGGUGAAGUUGGAUUCUCAGGCUCUCCGGGAGCUCGAGGCUUUCCCGGUGCCCCUGGUCUUCCUGGUCUAAAGGGUCACAGAGGGCACAAAGGUCUCGAUGGCCCUAAAGGAGAAGUCGGAGCGACUGGGUCCAAGGGCGAGUCCGGACCCACAGGUGCCAUGGGAGCAAUGGGUCCAGUGGGCCCGAGAGGGAUGCCAGGAGAGAGAGGACGCCUCGGCCCCCCAGGCUCUCCGGGCCAGCGUGGUGCCCAUGGAAUGCCGGGAAAGCCGGGGCCAAUGGGCCCACUUGGAAUUACGGGCUCUUCUGGGUUCCCAGGGAACCCUGGCUUAAAGGGGGAGGCAGGGCCCACUGGGGCCCGAGGGCCUGAAGGCCCACAGGGGCAGAGAGGAGAAACAGGCGCUCCUGGCCCGGCUGGAUCCCAAGGUCUUCCGGGAAUCAUGGGGACAGAUGGCACGCCCGGCGCCAAGGGACCGACGGGAUCUCCUGGCACUUCAGGACCUCCAGGUUUGGCAGGACCACCAGGCUCCCCGGGACCCCAGGGCAGCACAGGGCCUCCUGGAAUUCGGGGACAGUCGGGGGACCCUGGUGUGCCAGGCUUCAAGGGAGAGGCGGGACCCAAGGGUGAGCCGGGCCCGCACGGGAUCCAGGGGGCUAUCGGCCCACUUGGAGAGGAAGGGAAACGGGGUCCGCGUGGAGAUCCGGGCACGGUGGGCCCACCAGGGCCCGUGGGAGAAAGGGGUGCUCCCGGAAACCGAGGCUUUCCUGGUUCAGAUGGUUUGCCGGGGCCAAAGGGGGCUCAAGGAGAGCGUGGACCAGCUGGGUCCUCGGGCCCGAAAGGAGGCCAGGGAGACCCAGGGCGGACAGGAGAACCAGGCCUGCCAGGCGCCAGGGGUCUGACAGGGAACCCUGGAGUCCAAGGGCCUGAAGGAAAACUUGGGCCUCUGGGAGCCUCGGGAGAAGAUGGCCGCCCGGGUCCUGCUGGGUCCGUGGGGAUCAGAGGUCAGCCUGGAGGCAUGGGUCUCCCCGGCCCCAAAGGGAGCAGUGGGGAUCCUGGCAAACCCGGGGAGGCAGGAAACGCCGGUGUCCCAGGACAGAGGGGAGCACCUGGCAAAGACGGUGAAGUUGGCCCUUCUGGUCCUGUAGGGCCUUCGGGUCUUGCCGGAGAACGAGGUGAACAGGGACCACCAGGACCUACCGGCUUCCAGGGGCUGCCUGGGACCCCCGGCCCUCCGGGUGAAGGUGGGAAGCCAGGAGAUCAGGGUGUCCCUGGGGACCCGGGAGCUGUGGGGCCGUUGGGACCACGUGGAGAACGUGGCAAUCCCGGAGAGCGAGGAGAACCAGGAAUAACCGGCUUGCAGGGGGAGAAGGGAAUGGCUGGUGGCCACGGACCCGAUGGCGCUAAGGGUAACCCAGGACCCAGCGGGACGCCCGGUGAUCCUGGACCCCCGGGUCUUCAAGGAAUGCCAGGAGAGAGAGGGAUCGCUGGAACUCCUGGCCCCAAGGGAGACCGAGGUGGAUUAGGGGAGAAAGGUGCAGAGGGAACAGCUGGAAAUGAUGGAGCCAGGGGUCUUCCCGGUCCAUUGGGACCCCCCGGACCCGCAGGCCCCACCGGAGAGAAGGGGGAACCUGGUCCAAGGGGACUGGUGGGCCCUCCAGGCUCCCGAGGAACUCCGGGCUCGCGUGGAGAAAAUGGACCGACUGGAGCAGUGGGCUUUGCCGGACCCCCGGGCCCUGAUGGCCAGCCGGGAGUGAAAGGAGAGCCUGGUGAACCUGGGCAGAAGGGAGAUGCUGGCUCCCCGGGCCCUCAGGGCCUCGCUGGUUCUCCCGGUCCACAUGGUCCCAAUGGCGUCCCAGGACUGAAGGGCGGAAGAGGCACUCAGGGCCCACCGGGGGCAACGGGAUUCCCCGGCUCGGCUGGAAGAGUUGGCCCUCCAGGCUCUGCCGGUGCCCUUGGGCCUGCCGGACCACUGGGGGAGCCUGGCAAAGAGGGGCCCCCGGGUCUGCGUGGGGACCCCGGCUCUCACGGACGUGUCGGGGACCGAGGACCAACGGGGCCCCCUGGCAGCCCUGGAGACAAGGGAGACUCCGGGGAAGAUGGGCAGCCGGGUCCUGAUGGCCCCCCCGGCCCUGCAGGAACAACGGGACAAAGGGGAAUCGUGGGCACACCGGGCCAGCGUGGCGAGAGAGGCAUGCCCGGCCUGCCCGGGCCAGCUGGAACCCCUGGCAAAGCUGGCCCCACUGGGGGAACGGGAGACAAAGGCCCAUCCGGGCCCAUAGGUCCACCAGGCUCCAACGGUCCUGUGGGUGAUCCUGGGCCAGAGGGUCCUGCUGGGAAUGACGGCACACCAGGACGGGAUGGAGCCCUCGGAGAGCGGGGAGAUCGUGGUGAUCCUGGGCCUGCAGGUCUACCAGGCUCCCAGGGAGCCCCUGGCACAUCCGGACCUGUUGGCUCCACAGGAGACGCCGGACCCAGAGGAGACCCGGGCUCCCGCGGUCCUGUGGGUCCUCCUGGAAGAGCUGGCAAGCGUGGCUUACCCGGACCCCAGGGGCCGCGCGGCGAUAAAGGCGACCACGGGGACCGUGGUGACAGGGGCCAGAAGGGACACAGAGGAUUUACGGGUCUCCAAGGACUUCCGGGUCCCCCGGGUCCAAAUGGUGAACAAGGUGCAUCUGGGAUCCCAGGCCCAUUCGGCCCCAGGGGGCCCCCAGGGCCAGUGGGUCCUUCAGGCAAAGAUGGGAGCCCUGGGCCCCUAGGGCCUGUUGGUCCACCUGGUGUCCGGGGGAGCAUCGGCGAAGCGGGGCCUGAGGGGCCCCCCGGCGAUCCCGGCCCCCCCGGGCCUCCCGGUCCACCCGGUCACCUCGCAGCCGCCCUCGGGGACAUCAUGGGCCACUAUGAUGAGACCCUGCCUGACCCGCUGCCCGAGUUCACUGAGGACCAGGCAGCCCCCGACGACAGGAACAAGACGGACCCCGGGGUCCAUGCCACUCUCAAGUCUCUGAGCAGCCAGAUCGCCACGCUGCGCAGCCCUGACGGUUCCAAGAAGCAUCCAGCUCGCACCUGUGAUGACCUCCGUCUGUGCCACCCUUCCAAAAAGAGUGGAGAAUACUGGAUCGACCCAAACCAAGGCUGCGUGGAAGAUGCCAUCAAAGUCCACUGCAAUAUGGAGACCGGGGAAACGUGCAUUUCAGCCGCCCCUUCCAGCGUGCCACGCAAGACGUGGUGGACCAGUAGGUCAGCCGAUCACAAGCCCGUCUGGUUUGGUCUGGACAUGAACCGGGGGUCGCAGUUCGUCUACGGAGAUGGCCAGUCUCCCAACACAGCCGUGACACAGAUGACCUUCCUGCGACUGCUGUCGCGAGAAGCCUCCCAGAACGUCACGUACCUCUGCAAGAACAGCGUUGGCUACCUGGACGAGAAGUCCAAGAGCCUCAAGAAAGCUGUGGUCCUCAAGGGAGCCAACGACCUGGAGAUCAAAGCGGAAGGAAACAGCCGGUUCCGAUACACAGUCCUGCAGGACACUUGCACAAAACGCAAUGGGAACGCGGGCAAGACGGUCUUCGAGUACAGAACCCAGAACGUGGCCCGCCUGCCCAUCGUGGACCUGGCUCCCGUGGAUGUGGGCCAGGCCGACCAGGAGUUUGGGAUCGACAUCGGGCCCGUCUGCUUCGUAUAAAGCGAGGCCCGGGCUGCCGCUGUAGCCGCCUCCGUGAUGCCAUCGUCAGCCCCGGACCGAGGGCCGAGACCCACUGCCCCGAUCCCGGGCCCCCGGGUCCCGGACGAGAGCGGCCCGUCGGCUCCUGUCCCCGACCACCUCCGACCUCCUCCGACCUCCUCCAGAAUAUUUAUUUUCUUACCGACCUCCAGUCUCAAGCGACCCCCUGCCAGCCUCCGGUGAGAGGGCCUCUGGUGUCGGAGGGCCGCAGAGAGGGCGGCCUGAUGGAACACGUAGCUCUAACUCAAUUCCUUCUCACUUCAUCUCCCCCCGGUCCCACACAAGUGGCGGAACACCACAGUUCCUCUCCAGCAUCAGCCCGGGGGCCGGGCAAACCCUCGGGACUCUUUCUUUUGCUUGGUUGCAGUUUGAGUAGCAGGAAAGUAGACUUUCUGGCUCCCGAUCCCCUGUAUAGACCGCUGGGCAAAUCCUAGCCCUCUGUAGCCAAAGCCCUCCAGCGGUCCAGCCGAUGGCUCGUGGAGGCUUUGGAAAUGAGUUGUGCCAAGGAAGCCACCGUACGGGGGUCUGGCGGCUCUCCUAGUCGCCCGUCUCCAGGAGGUUUCUAGGAACAACGGGUGGCGGGAGGCAUGGAUGGGUCUGUAACCCCCACUUCAUUCAGCUUCCUUCUGUCUCAUCACCAUCUCUCUUUGACCUCUCAUUCCACGUCCCCGACUCCUCUCCUGGAUCCCUGGGUCCUCAGGAGGCCCCAAGCAAGGAGGCCGCGAUCGCAAUUCCCCCGAUCUGGCUGGCCUCUCUGGCUCUGUUUUCGGCCUCCUCCUGAGCCCACCAGAAUCAAGGGGGAGUCGGGGCAGCGGGGUGGGAUGGCCGACCCCCAACCGGCCCAGCCCCCGACUAGCCCAGCCCAGAUAUCCUGUGUUGUCUCUGCCCUCCGGGCCCCGGCCUUUCGGGGGCGAGAUGGGCCCGUGUUUUUCAGUGUGGCUGGCCUUGUCUCGGAACACCGGGAUGUGGUCAUAGUCGUGUUUUGGUUUUCCACACUCAGAGGUGCUAUGUGCUUCUGUCCCUGCUCCGAGGAGGCCGGAGCUAGGCAGGGCAGACAUUUUAGGGUAAAAGCCAUGGUGCUAAGAUCCUUCUGUAAAGGGAAUCAGAAAUAAAGACGCUACUACCACUAAA